GUGAAAGUAACCCGUAUCCCUGACACCGCAGCACAGUUCGGUCAGUCGGCAGAGUGUUGCAGCAGCAGAAGUGAUCCGUGAUCGUGACCGUGGAGGAGCGCGUACUGGAACUGAACAUGGCUCUCAUUGGUAUCCUCUUCCUUAUUUUCACUGCGACAUGUGUUGGUGCACAGGGAGAUUUUGCAACUUUGGAAUGCAAUCCUGAAAGCUUUGGCAAGCAUGGCCAGAAGUCACUGCUGGAGUGUGUCGUCAAAACCCAAGAAAAGGACCUAGAAAUCAAAAUGGUCAGUUUGAAGAAAGAAGGGAUGGAGAAUGCCACACUGUUUUUUUACAAAGGAAUCCUGCCAUCGCAGACAGACUACAUGUUUGCUGAGCCGUCCUGGAACAGUAAGAACAUGAACGUGUCCCUGCUCAUCACCAAAACUAUGGUGGCACAAGCUGGAGAUUACGAAUGCGAGGUGUUAACAAACUACGGCAAUUAUAAAGAGACCAUCAACCUCAAAGUAACAGCCGAAUACACUGAACCAACUAUAAGAUCCGUCCCUGAGAAGAUGAACCAAAACAGAGAUGGUGCCCUGAUAUGUGACUCGGACGGUGGCUACCCAAAAGGUGAGAUUCACUGGAUCGAUGAGCACGGCACGGACUGGACCAAUAGCUCUGAGAUGAAGGCGGAGCAAGGCCAGAAUGGUCUGUUUCACCUUUCCAGCAAGCUGACUCUGCUGCCACGAUCCAUCUUCUCCAAGUAUACCUGCGUGGUGGUCAAUGCCAGUGGCGGCAGAGAGGGGGGGACCGGAUUUGAAAUACAAGACCAACCAAGACAAGACGGCCAAGAAGGAGUGGGAAAGUCUGAUUCAACCUCGAAAAUCAUCGCUCCUGUGGUGGUGAUCGGAUCGCUGAUCGUUGGAUUGCUGAUGGUGCUCCUUUAUCGACGGCACCGUCAGAAUGGCCAUUCGACAAACAAUCCAAACGAGGAGGCGGAGGAGAAGGAGGAUCUGCGUAAGAAAGAGUUCGAUGCCAGCCGGGUGUGAGGAGACACUUCACGUCACAUGAAUGUACAAACUUACUGUCAACCUCUAAAUCAUCACUUCCUUGUGCGCACUACUUCACAAUAUAACCAGGGAUAACUUGUAUUAUUACUCUGAUUCAUCAUAGGACAUGUACCACCUUUAUUUACCUACUGUAAUAUCCUUAAGUUGACACUUUUAAAAUCAAGUCUGAUUCUAAUACAGGAAUGCAAAGGGCGAAUAGAAACCAGGGAGUUGUGUUCAUGCUGUGAAAACCACAUCAGGAACUAGAGCGAGAUAAUACUGCGAGGGCGUUGGACAUCUGAGUCAGUGCUGGUCAUUGGCUGGAAGAAGAUUGUAUAGAUCUCCCUUUGAUUAGGCUGAGCAGAAGCUGUGGCAAUAUGAAGAUUGGCCCCGAAUGCAAUUCUUCUCACUUUCUCUCCCUCUUUAUUGGUGUUCUGUUGAUAGAGGCGCACGUGCACAUGUGUUUCUAUAGGUGAUGGGCAGUUUUGGUUCAAUACCGAGGACAUUUUGGCUGGUGCUCACAAAUUCAAUUCAACUGAUUAAGGGUUAAGAUUAGAUUUUAGGAUUAGGGUUGGAAUGAGUGUGGAACAUUUCAGGGCAAUGUUAGGACUUCAGUUCAUGUCUGAAAGCAGCUCAUGCCUCAAUGCUUUCCUCGGCUGUUGCUCUCUGUCAUAGCCCCCCCCCCCCCCCCCCGUGAUCCUGCUGAUAAUAACAAACCAAAGCUUCAGCAAUCAUUAUUAGGCACAAGGCGGGACAGACUCAAAAUUGCACUUGUUGAUUUUUUGUAUCGUAUUUUAUGAGACGCCCCUAAAUGAACAAUCAAAAGAGAUUAUGACUGUCAUCAUUUAAGAUUUAGCAUUAAGAUUAUAUAAAACAUGUAGCAUAUAACUGUACAUAGAAAUGUAUUGAAAGUCUUGAGGUCUUUGGUCUGUCGGAUUUUAAUCGAAUGUUACUGAGAAAAUCCAACCCUUGUCAAUUUCAUAUCCUCAUUCUAGCCACUGAGAAAGUACCGGUUCUACUUCCUAGAGUGUCCCAUGAUCUCACUGGCCGGCCAAAGCAGGAUACUAAAUGCUGUGUUUGUUUGUCGAACUGUGACGUGUGCUCAUUUGACAUUUUUCAGUAAUUGGCAGCUUAGCUUCCCCCUCUGAGACAAGUCUUCAGUUUCAUUAUUAUCUCUAUCUGUCGGCAGAUCAGGUCGUCCAUAACUUAAGGAUUUUGUCCUAAGUUGUAGCAGGUCAUUCGAGGUGUGUACUAAAACCUCCUGUGACUUAUCUUGAUAUAUUGGUAUAUCAUUAACGUGUAGGGGAGGAAAGCCCGGAUCUGUAUUAACUUUGAAUAUCUCCUCUACUUUUAAGUUUUUGCAAUUUGAAAACCAUAACAUGAGCCUGCAAGAACUGUUUUGUAUAUACUGUAAUGCUUUUGUAUUUUUUUAAUGAUUUUGAUAAAAUUGUCCUGCUGUGUGGAUGCAGAUUGCGUUUGAGGGUAAAAAUGAAAGCUUUAAUAGGAAUGUAUACUUUUUGUUGUGAUUAACAUGAACUACUGGAGCUGUGAUCUGUUAAUGUGACCAAAAUAAACCAUGAACAAAAAUA